AUGACCCUGGAAUCCAUCAUGGCGUGUUGCCUCAGCGAGGAGGCGAAAGAAGCCCGGCGGAUCAACGACGAGAUCGAGAGGCAGCUCCGCCGGGACAAGAGAGACGCGCGGCGGGAGCUUAAACUGUUGCUGCUCGGCACAGGCGAAAGCGGUAAAAGCACGUUCAUCAAGCAGAUGAGGAUCAUCCAUGGCGCUGGCUACACGGACGAGGACAAGCGAGGCUUCACCAAGCUGGUGUACCAGAACAUCUUCACCGCCAUGCAGUCCAUGAUCAGGGCCAUGGAGACACUCAAGAUCCCCUACAAAUACGAGCACAAUAAGGCAAACGCCAAUGUGGUUCGAGAAGUGGACGUGGAGAAGGUCAGCAUGUUUGAGAAUCCUUACGUAGAUGCCAUCAAGAGCUUGUGGAACGACCCGGGCAUACAGGAGUGUUACGACCGCAGGAGGGAAUACCAGCUGUCUGACUCCACCAAAUAUUACCUGAACGCUUUGGACAGGAUCGCCGACUGUUCCUACUUGCCCACUCAGCAGGAUGUGCUGAGGGUCCGAGUCCCCACCACGGGCAUCAUCGAGUACCCCUUUGACCUGCAGAGCGUCAUCUUCAGGAUGGUUGACGUGGGUGGUCAGCGUUCCGAGAGGAGGAAGUGGAUCCACUGCUUCGAGAACGUUACGUCCAUCAUGUUCCUGGUGGCGCUCAGCGAGUACGACCAAGUUCUUGUAGAGUCGGAUAAUGAGAACCGCAUGGAGGAGAGCAAAGCGUUGUUCAGGACAAUCAUCACGUACCCGUGGUUCCAGAACUCCUCUGUCAUCCUCUUCCUCAACAAGAAGGAUCUCCUAGAGGAGAAAAUCAUGUACUCUCAUCUGGUGGACUACUUCCCGGAAUACGACGGUCCCCAGAGGGACCCCCAGGCGGGCCGCGAGUUCAUCCUCAAAAUGUUCGUGGACCUCAACCCCGACAGCGACAAAAUCAUCUACUCGCACUUCACCUGCGCCACCGACACUGAGAACAUCCGCUUCGUCUUUGCCGCCGUCAAGGACACCAUCUUGCAACUCAACCUCAAGGAGUACAACUUGGUCUAA